AGCAGAAAAGCAAUCAGAAGUGUUCCAGGUGCAAUUUUUAUCUACAGCUCCUCUCUGAAAUCAUGUUUGGUCAGAUUAAUCAGCGAUGUUGCUAUGAGGAAAGGAGUCAGCAAUGACUGAUGUGGAGCCUGUGGUCACAGAUUUUGCAGCAUCAGGACGGGCAGGCCGCCGGAACGCUUUACCAGAUAUUCUGGGCUCUCCUGCUGGAGCUGGGACUUCAGACCUGCCACACAAACUGGCUGAGCUCUCCGUUUCAGAAGAUGAAGGAGCAGAGGGUGGAGAAGUGCCAUCAUCCAAAGCCUUGCUGGAAAGUCAAGAGGCGGAAGGAAAAAGCAAUGGUUCCUAACACCUAAGGACUGCUGGAUUAAUGAAACCCAUCGACAGACUUUCCAGUUUCCCUGUGUCACCCCUUCUGAAAUGUGGUAGCAACUUUAGCAGCACAGACAAGGUUUUGCAACAUACUUGUACCUAGAUGACAUUAACGUGGAACUACCGUUUUUUCUACUAUCGUCAUUCAAAACCAGUGUUCUACACAUCCAAAUGGGAGGAGAACUAAAGAAUGUAUCUCUUGGUCUGGGUUUUCUCAUACUUAUAGUAUUCAUCCUAACUAAUCUUCCUUGACAGUUUCAAUUAAUAUACUUAGCAGAUGUACUCCCAACUAAAGAUUGCUUCAAAAUAAAAAUCCUGUUUCUUAAUUUCCCAAAAUAGCUUAUUUCUGACACAGAGGUGUAUUCACUCUCCCCACCUUAAGAUGAUAUUAUUAAGUAUACAUUAGAUUAAAGACAUCUGUAAUUUAUCUCAUGAGACUUUUUUCCUAUUAGGCAUAUGUAGAUGGGUGUGAGAAAUAAAAAAAAAGAAGCAAUUUUUUUCUCUCCUCCUCCUGUCUCCAAAAGGUUUUGUAAACUACUUAAACACCAGUGUUUAUUUUCAAACUCUUUAAACUCUGUUUGACUAUGGCAGAUCAUCUCAGUUCUCACACUCUUAGCAGUCUUGCCACUUCUGUCAUUUCUGUUUUCAGGCUGAAUAUUAUAGCUGUUCACAUGUGUCUAAAAUAAAGUAGCCAUGUUUGUAAGUGAUUAAAUUUGUUUAAUCUCACUGUGGAAAUUAAAUAGCUAUCAUCUUUUCUGGCUUCA